CUGCAGCCGCAACUGUGACAAACCACAAGAAACUUCACCCUUAAACCAACCAAGCAACACCACUUUGUCACCGGUGUCUUGGGUUUAAGUGGACUUACAACUUUUUCGAAACCACCUUCCAUAGACAUUUCCAUCCAGAACCUUUUACUUUGAAAGAACAAACUCAUUGAUUAGUAAUAUGGGAAAGGAAAACAUAUGCUUUUUGACUAUUUGGAUAACUUUGGGAAACAUCUUUGCGACUUUUUCUUCAGAUCCAGAGCCCUCCACGCCAAGUGCAUUCGUAAACACCACAGCCACCACCGCGCUUCUGCCCACCUCCACUGAAUGGAUCACUGACUUCUCUGACAUCGUGUCCAAGUUCUCCCUGCGCACCGUGGACAUCCCGGACGAUGACAUGUGCUACCUGGUGGCCGGCGGGCCAGAAACCAUCAAGGAGUGCGAGUUCAAACCCGAAUCCCAGACCUUUAUCGUGAUCCACGGAUGGACGGUGACCGGGAUGUUCGAGAGCUGGGUGCCCAAGCUGGUGUCCGCCCUGUACGAGCGCGUGCCCAGCGCCAACGUGAUCGUGGUGGACUGGCUGACCCGCGCCAACCAGCACUACCCCACGUCUGCCGCCUACACCAAGCUGGUGGGCCGGGACGUGGCCAAGUUCGUCACCUGGUUACAGAAAGAGCUGCAGUUGCCGUGGGACCGGAUUCAUCUGCUGGGUUACAGUCUCGGGGCGCAUGUAGCUGGAGUUGCAGGAGACCUCACCGACCACAAAAUCAGCCGGAUUACAGGUCUGGAUCCUGCUGGUCCCACUUUUGAGAACGCAGACGAUCAGAGCACUCUGUCCCGGGGCGAUGCCCAGUUUGUGGAUGUCCUGCAUACCAACACGAGGGGCUCCCCAGACCGCAGCAUCGGAAUCCAGAGACCUGUGGGCCACAUCGACAUCUACCCCAACGGAGGCACCUUCCAGCCGGGUUGCGACAUCCAGAACACCUUAAUGGGGAUCGCACUGGAAGGAAUCAAGGGCCUCCAAAACAUGGACCAGCUGGUCAAAUGCUCGCACGAGCGCUCCAUCCACUUGUUCAUCGACUCUCUGGUCAACACCCAGUACCAGAGCAUGGCCUACCGCUGCAACUCCAAGGAGGCCUUCAACAAGGGGAUGUGCCUCAGCUGCCGGAAGAACCGCUGCAACAAGCUGGGCUACAACGUCAACAAGGUGCGCACGGCCCGCAGCGCCAAGAUGUACCUCAAAACCCGCGACAUGAUGCCCUACAAAGUUUUCCACUACCAGGUGAAGGCCCACUUCUUCAGCAAGGACGAGCUCAGCUUCACAGAGCAGCCCAUGAAGGUCUCCCUCUACGGAACCCACGCGGAGAAGGAGGACAUUCCAUUUGUCCUACCGGUCCUGAACGGGAACUCCACCCUGUCCUUCCUCAUCACCACCGACGUGGACAUCGGCGACCUGAUGAUCGUGAGGCUGCGCUGGGAGAAGGACGCGCUCCUCAGCUGGUCCGACUGGUGGGGCAGCAGCAGCUUCCACGUCCGGAAGCUUCGGAUCAAGUCCGGGGAGACUCAGUCCAAGUUGAUCUUCAAGGCUAAGGAGGGAGAGUUCGCUUACCUCGUUAGGGGAGGGGAAGACGCCGUCUUUGUCAAGUCGAAAGAGGACAACAUAAGUCGAAAAGAAAGAAGGAUGCACAGGCUCAAAACGCAGGGCAGUCUUUUUAGCCAGAACGACGCUUGAAGUCGCACUUGCUGUCACCCACAGCAACGCCAGGGAAACCUCCGCCAAUUGCUGGACCCCCGACGAAUCCUGAUUUUUGAUUUAUUUUUUUAUAUUCUAUCUGCAAAUUUUGUUUUUUUUUUCCUGACCUCCUCGCAACCAACAUAACCUCAUCUAUAGUGCUAUAAAUCAGUCCAGACUUCUCACGUCGCCGCAAAUUCUGCUGCUAAAAGUGUAACUGGUCUCAGUUUGAUGAUGUGCUCACCCUUCUUACUUUUGACAAACCCACCCUUUCACUACCCUCCGUCGCCUUGUAAUCGCUGUUUAUGCUUUUGUAUUCCAUAUGUACUGUCUGUACUGAUAUAUUUUGAGCCUCUAAGUGAUGUGUUCCCUGUGCCUAUGUGAACUUGACCAUGUAUACGUGACUCAUAGUGACCGGCGCAGUUAGGGCCCAUCUUUGUGUGUUUGGUUUUUGAAAUGAUCAUUUUGUGUCCGAUGUUUGUCUUUAUUUAACCACUAAUUGCCAACAAUCGACAGGGACCAAAGAAACAUUUACAAUCUACUGAACAGAGAAUCCCAGCAUUCUUUGUAAAUACCUUAAUCUGUAUCCGUAUUGUUGUUAUUUUUCCGAAUAUAAGUUAAGUGUUGAUACCUUGCUCGUUCUUUGACUGCAUUGGGUUUUUUUGUGCCACUGGUCACUUUAAAAGAGUCUCUGUCCCUUUAUAUACCAUUUUCACGGUCAACGUUUUGGAGAAUGCACUCCAACAGGGAUCUGCAUUCUUUAGUAUUGAUUUUUGAUUGAUUUUUGUGAUGACAUUUAAGGACAGUCACUCUUUUAAUGAGACACCAAUGACUAAAUCCUCCCUAAGUGUUUCAUGAAUUGUAAACAAUGUCUCACCCGAGGCGAUUUACCUCAUGGACUUAGCUCAGCCUACAACGUGUCCUUAUUUUGAAACAUUAAACAAAGAAAAAAAAAAAGCACACAAGCCUGUGAGAUUUGUAACUGACUGGCUAAAACGAUAUCCGUAGUGCAUCUCAAGAGCCAUAUUUAUUUCUUGUACAUUUAUAUAUUUGUAUAUCAAGCUGUGAUAUAUUUUGGCAGGCUUCCGUUGUUAACUGAAACGUUUUCUGGUUUUCAGUGACAAAGCUUCGGAAGCUUCAGUCAGACUGAACUCCUUGCCUGCUGUCAGGUGCACUGACUUUUAUGAAGUGAAAUGCAGUGCAAUAUUGAGAGAAAUAGCCCUGCAAGGGUUCAAUAAAGAGUUAUACCCCAAGUCAAGAUAUUCCUUACUGUUCCAGUUACUUUCAGAUAAUAAGUGUUUUGCGGUUGCAGCCCCUCUGAGAUCUAACUUCUCAGAACACUUUUAUAUCAAACUUUGACGUUAAAAAUUCAUUUUUUCAUCUUUACUACAUAUCCACAACAGAAUGCAGGAUUUGUCAUUAACCUGUUGCUGGUUAUUUCACAUCAAUACUAUUAUUUCAACAUUUUUCUCUUUGUAGUGAUUAAGGCCCAAAUGGGAAAUAAAAAAAGAAUUAAAAA